ACCGUCAAAGCUCAAAGCUGUGCCUGCCGUCGUGGGCUUUCGCCAGAUGAUUUUGAAGUGCCGCUGUACGGGCCAUGGCGCUCCUCACAAUAUGUGCGAUGUGGACCCAAAGACAGCGAUGUUUCACGCAACAGCGAUUGGACGAUCUACGCACCUCAUCUUUAAAGUUUGUGCUCGAAUGGCCGACGACUUUCACAAGAAGCCCGAUGCAAAAUUCCUUUAUGAUGCCGUCAUAUUCGGCUGUGCCAAUGCUCUUCGCUGCAUCGAGAAGGUGGGAGAAGAAAUGCCGAAGUAUGCAAAGUGUAUCAUGGAACUGUACUUAUCCAACUGGACGAGAAUGGCAGAAUUGGAUGACUAUGACAAAAAAUUGUUUGUCAAAGCUGGGCUCUGCUUCCAUGAUGUAAUACCAAACCUGGAAGUGAUUGGUCACAUGGCACAGUACUUUAAAAAAAUCAUUGGUUAAACCAGAGCAACGAUCCUUCUUGUG